GCGGUUAGCUCUGACUUCCCGCCAAGAAGGAUACCAAUGGAUAUUAUAAAGGGAAACCUAGAUGGGAUUUCAAAACCAGCCUCAAAUUCAAGAACACGUCCUGGGAGCAGAAGUUCAAAUGCAAGUUCUCUGGAGGUGCUCUCACCAGAACCAGGUUCCUUCAAGGUUGAUACUGUAAGCACAUUGAAUUCUGGUAAGGAGGACCACUCAGAAAGCAGUAAUACAGAGGAAGGAAGAUAUAAUAAUGAUGAUAAAGGGGCAAACUCUGAGAAAAUAAAACUGGCUAAACAGGGGCCAGUUGAAGAUCUGGACUUGAUUCAACAUCAGAUGACCCCUGAAUGUUCAGAUGAAACCAAAUUAAAAGAAGUAGACUCUCAACUUCAAGGUGCUAUUUAUAAAAUGAACAGACUUGAUAAAAUAUUGGCAAAAAAACAAUACAGAGAAAAAGAAAUUAAGAAGCAAGGUCUAGAAAUGAGAAUAAAGUUGUGGGAAGAACUUAAGUCUGCAAAAAAUAGUGAAGCUUUGCAAAGUAAUGAGGAGAUGGAAAAUACAAAGAAAUUUUUAUCUUUGACUGCUGCAUCUGAAGAAACUAUUGAUCUUUCUCAUCGUGAGGAUGAAGAUACCUUUUUCCCAGUGUUUCACACUCAGAUAUCUCCAGAAGAAUAUGAAAACCAUAUGCAAAAUGCCAAUCAAGAUUUUACCUAUGAUGUGGAAAGAAAUGAGUCAUUGAUCAAAGCAGAAAAGAAACCUUUCUCAAAUACAGAAAAAUUUGAGCUCAGGGGUAAACACAACCACGAUUUUGUUAAGCGAAACAUUGAGUUGGCUAAGAAUUCAAGAAACCCAGUGGUUAUGAUUGACAGAGAGAAGCAAAGACUGGCUGAACUUUUGAAGGACUUAGAUGAUGGAGAUUCGGGACUGUCCAGUUCUGAGGGUGAUCAGUCUGGUUGGCUGGUCCCAGGAGAAGGAUACACAUUUGCAGCCACCCAGCAUCAGCAGCUUGCUGAAAUUCAUACAAAACUCCAAGAACUAGCUGCAGUCCGCCCAAUAAUUCCCAGCUUUUCUCCAAGACUUGAAAAUCAGAAUGAUCAGGAACAUGACCUUCAUGAUGAAAAAAAUACAGAAAUAACUCCAGGAGAAAGAGUCCUGCAGAAAAACAAAGAGGAACGGGAUCAGCAAAAUCGACUGAGAGAGAUAGAUGAAAAGCUGAGAAAGAUCAAGGAAAAUGUGGUAAGUCUUUUUUAUUUAAAGUUUAAUUGUAACCAGUGUUUGUACUAA